UUCUCUAUAGCAUUAUCACCAUCACAUCUUCAUUAAAAUAAAAAAAGAAUCAUCCCUUCAACAAUGGCUAAAGUAAUGAUUAUUGGAGUUGUUUCUUUAGCCAUACUUUUAAUGGCAGUCACAGCUUCUAGCUUUCGUACCACAAUAACAAUAGCUGAAGAUGCUGAAAACCCAAGGGAGCAAAUUUCCCAACGUUGCCAGCAGCAAAUCCAAAGGGCACAGCAGUUACGUUCCUGCGAGCAGUAUUUGAGACAAAGCACCAGAUUCUCUGAGGAGGAAGAGGAAUUUGACAACCAAGGCAGAGACUGGCGCCAAGAAUUUCCUAGGUGCUGUGAGCAGCUGGAACAAAUACAAGAUGAGCAAUGCAGGUGUGAAGGAAUAAGGCAGGUGGUGCAGCAGCAACAACAGAGAGGAGAAUUGCAAGGCAGAGAAAGACAAGAAAUUUUCAGGACUGCUCAGAGCCUUCCCGGUUUAUGCCGUAUUAGCCCUCAAAGAUGCGAAAUCCGAACUCGCAGUCCCUUCUUCUAAGAAACUUUAAUUUUGCUUUAGUUAUCUUGCUGUUGUUAUAAUAAAUGAGUAAUACUAGUACUAGUAAUGAAUAAAUCAUACCUUUUGGUGUGUUUUCCUUCCAAUCA